UCAUGUAUUAACAACCGUAGUUAAUUUUUAAGCCCAUAUGUUUCUGAUUGUUACUUUAAGAACAAAGCUAUCUAUUUUAAUUUCGUAAGUGUUGCUUUGAGAUGAAUUUUGGAGAUGAAACUCAAUCACAUGCUUUUAAAUACCGUAUUUGUGAAAAAAGAGAAGGCAAACCAGGUUCUGAGGAUUCGGAAACGUGCUAACACUUUCUUGGAGGAAAUUCUCCCAGGAAAUUUGGAGAGAGAAUGUAGAGAGGAACAGUGUUCAUUUGAGGAGGCGAAAGAGAUUUUCAAGUCAAAGGAGAAAACGAUGGAGUUUUGGUUCGAUUACAAAAAUUCCAACCCCUGUAAAGAAGAAGAUACAUGUAAAAAUGGUGGAAUAUGUAGGGUCAAACACUAUACAUAUUCCUGUACAUGUCCCCCAAGGUAUGGAGGAAAUCAGUGUGAAAUAGAGAAAUUUGAAUGCUGGUACAAAAAUGGAGGGUGUUGGCAAUAUUGUCAAGAUACCGAACAUUCAGUUCAUGUGAUCUGCUCCUGUGAAACAGGAUAUACGCUAAAUGAAGAUGGGAAGAGUUGUACCCCCUCAGAUCGCUUUCCUUGUGGGCUGAUUAAGCAAUCCACACGUUCUUAUGAGGGAGGAAGAAUCACACAAAAUGAAACGAAUAUUCAUGAGAAUAUGACCAACUGGAAUCAGACGUUAAGUUGGGCUUCCUCAGGAUCGUUGAAUCUCACAGCAGAAACUGAAAAUGACUUGGAAAAGCUGAAAGGAAAUUUCACAGAAGAGGAUUUACUCAGAUGGCCAAAUAUUAACUACACAGAUAAGGAAGACCCCAGAAUAGUUGGGGGAUCUUUCUGCCGCCCAGGAGCAUGUCCUUGGCAGGUACUGAUUCAAAAUAGUAGAGGUUAUGGUUUUUGUGGGGGCAGCUUGAUCAGUAGUCGGUGGGUACUUACCGCAGCACACUGUUUCGAUGCCGUUAUUCCACAUCAAGUUACAGUGGGAGACUUUGACAAACAUCAGCGAGAACGAGAUGAACAAAAAGUGAGAGUACAGCACUACUGGAGACAUCCUCAGUAUAACUCACAGAACUACAACAAUGACAUUGCUUUGGUUCAAUUGACUAGUGAUGUGAUUUUUACCCAGAAUGUACUUCCUAUUUGCCUUCCUCGUCCUAACCUAGCUACUUUGCUGAUUGAAGACGUAGCCCAUGGAAUAGUUAGCGGAUGGGGUGCAACUUAUGCUAGGGGAAAGUUAACUCGCUUUCUCAUGAAAGUUAGAUUGCCCAUUGUGAGCAUGGAGACCUGUCGGCAGUCCACUGAGAAGCUCAUUACGGACAACAUGUUUUGUGCUGGCUAUGAUAAGGAAGGGCAGGAUGCUUGCAAAGGAGAUAGCGGUGGGCCUUUUGCUGUGUCUUAUCACAAUACCUGGUAUCUCUUGGGGAUUGUUAGUUGGGGGGAAGGUUGUGCUGAAGUGGGAAAAUACGGAGCUUAUACUCUCGUACCCAAUUAUAUGUCAUGGAUAAAGGAAGUAAUUGAAACUAAUUCUUGAAGUUUUUUUGCAUAACCUGCAGUGAAGGCCAAUCUGUAUAAAAUAUUUUUUUUUGUGCAUUUGGUAAUAUUUAACAACUUGAAUAGCCAGGUCACAUUGCAGGUUUGUUUCCUAAAGCUGGUCUUAACUGAAAUAAGCAAAUAAGUUGCCCUUUUCUUUGUACAGAAACCGAAUUGUUCUAUAAAUCUGUAUCAGCAUCUAAUUUAGAUUUAAGCAUAAGCAACUGGAUAGGUAGAAAUACUGCCUCAGUCCUCCCUCCCAAAGUGAUUUUUAACCCUUGUAAAGGACUGUAAGGAUACUGACAAAAAUAGCAUCAGUGUCAUGACACAAGUUGUUUCUUUCAUAUGUUUGAACAAGAUCAAGUUAUGCGUUAAAAAGGGUGAGACUUGCAAGGUGAUCCUACAACCCUGCUUUCAUCAUUCUGAUCCUAUCUUGAAAUCUUUCCCCCUACCCCCAUCUCCACAAAUGCCAUGGGGUUGUGUGAUCCUGCAGAGAGCAAUAGGCUAUGGUGGAAAAGGAAGAGCCAAGCAUUCAAUUUGUGUUUAUACAAACAUGUAUAAUUUGACGACUGACCAGACUGACAAACCAUUGUCAUGGAUUCACAAAAUACAUUUGAACUCUAAAAUAACCAAAGAUGAAAAACCUGCAGCUGCACAACUUGUCAUGUUUAGUUACUGUUACUCUUGAAUAGCUUUUUGUGUUGGCCAAAAAAGACCCCAUAAAAGCAUACAGCUGCAGGUUUUUAAUUGAUCUGGUUAGUCGUUUCUCAUUAUUUUCAGAAUGGUGGAUGCAGGAGCUGCUUCUGUCAAUCCAUUCCAUGCAUCUAAAUAACAAUCUAAGCCAAUGAUUGCAACAGUCCAAGGAGGAAAAUGGAAUAUAAGCAGCCAAUGAAACUGAAUUAAACAACAAAACUUUAAAAUAUAGGAAUAUGGUAGGAUUGCUUUUGAAAGUAAGAAUUGCAAUGUUAAGCACACUACCAUAUUUGAGGUCUCCAUCUCCACCCCCUGAUUCUGUUGGCAAUUUUUGUGCCAGAACAUGAUCAUUCAGCAGUACAGAUUGGUGGACAGGUUUGUUUCCAGAAUAUGGAAAAUAACUUUGUAAAUAUUCAGUAGUUUUAAAACACCUAUAUAUAGCCUAUAUAUAAACACUUAGGAGAUAGCCCACUUUUAUAUGGGCUAGCUCCUAAAGGUUAUACAAGGCGUAGGCUUCAGAUUCUGAAUUGUGCAAUGCAUAUUAUCUGAAACAAGAGAAUGUAACCCAGUGUUUCCUACUAGGAACAUUUACAACAGGAAUGCCAAAUCUCUUGAAACCUCUCCCAUAGAGGUAAAAUGUAAAUACAUAAGGGAUAUUCUCCCGCCGCCCCUCCCGAUGCCCGCGAUUAUAGUUCUUCCCCACUCGUUCUCUGAUGAAUAGUAUUUGGAGACAUACUGAAUGUGGAGGGUCUCGGGCACAGAACUGAAUUAUCCUUGAAUGAUGUGCUGUGGCAUGCAUUCCAUAAAGUGGGUAGGGCCAAAUGAAAGAAAAGAUUAGACAAUUUGAUUUCAUUCCAUUAAUUAAAUUUAAUGAAUUAUUUAAUGAAUGAGAUAUGGUUCAAAUAUUACUUUUGAAGCAGUAUGCCUAAGGAUAUGCAUUUAUGCCUCAUAGUUGUAAGAGUAUCAGUACUGUAUCUUGCAGCGAAAGGUUGGAACAGUAGUGCAAACAGCAAAGGAAUGCUAGAAUGACAGGUGCUUGAUGACAUUAUGGGCUUGCAUUUUGGCAUUGGAUGCGCACCAGUCAUGCCAUUUGCAUAACACCAUUGUCAGGCAGAUUUUGCCACUUGUUCCACCAUGCCCCAAACCCAACCUAUUGCAUGUAUCUGAACUACAAGAAAAACCUCUUCUUCCAAUAUGGAAAACAGGUCCACGGAACAUCAUCUUUUACAUGAUUUAAGCAAAUGGUGAGGGGAAAGAUAUCAAGAAAGGAAUAUCUCACAUUCUUCAAAUCAUAUUCCCAAAUAUAGCCAGGAUUGGAUCAGAAUGUGUCAUGGCAUGUAAGCAAAAAAAAGCUUUUGAGCGUUUUUACAACUGAACAGAUGAGACCGUGACUUAACCUUAACCCAUCAGACAGCAAAACAUUGCAGGAAUUUCAAUGAAUCCACGUAUUCCUAUUGUGAUCCUAAGCGUAUUGACUCCAGAUGAAUUGUUUUAAUAAUCAGCAUUAGGCCAUUGGAAAAGGCAGCUUUGUUUGGAACAGCUUACAUCCUGUGACAAUAUACCCCUUCAAGUAUUAAUAGCUGUCAAUCUUCCCAAGUCGUUGAAAAGAAUCUGAUGGAUAAAAUCCAGUGUGAACAUCUAUCUGACUCUAUAGUAGGAAGUGGAAUUUCAUUACUUCCAAUAUUGUUGCUUAAAUGCAUUCAUUCUGUGAUAAGCAUUAAAAUAAAUGACAAUGCAUUUACAGAAGAGAUGGUUCAGAAGAUUCUUAAACCCCAUGACAUAAACAUAUUAAAUGUUUAAUAUGUUCUUUCUUUCUCUUCAAAAAUGUGAUAUAUUUGUUCUUAAAGUUCCAAAGUAAAAAUGGUAUUUUUAAAAGAAAAAGAUUAUCAUAGUAUUUAAUUAGUUAACAGAAAUCUAUAUACAAUAUGUAAACAAAUAC